AAAACAUUAAAGAAAUUUAAUUAUUGAUAUUUUCGUCUCAGUGUUAGUCUAUAGUAAUAACUAAUUUAUAGGCAUAUGAUGUUGGCGACAUGUCGGAAAACGCGCCAUAUUUGUUUUGUUUAGAAAAUGAGUUCCUAUCGCCCCGCCCAGGUUUUCGCUAGUUUUACUGAGAAAACAGACGGGAAAAGGCAAACCAGAGUGGCAGCAGAUGAACCAAUACCAUCAAGAAUGUCUGGAUCUAAUCAAAUUAAAGUAUCGGCGACUGAGGAAGCGGAGUUACCGCCCGAUAGAUGUAGGGUCAACAUUAUUUUGAAAAGUUUGAAAGAAGAUGUCUCCGAAGUAAAAAACAGUGUCCAACGACGCCUUGACUACAUUCUGCAAUCCCUAAAUAAUUUUCAAAUUAAGGAAGGUGACAUCAAAGUACAGAAGCAGCUCUUGCGUCAAGAGUCUCUCUUUAUGUACACAGUUGAAAUACUAGUGUUGUUUGUGGACUUCAAGAAAUGUGAAACAAUAUCAAAUCACAUCAUUGAGAAGCUGGAUGAAUCCGUCACUGUUGGAACGCCUCAAUUCUUCCAUUCACAACAGAGACUAGAACAUUUUAGGCGUCACACGAGUGUUGUUGCAGUGAAAAAUGCCAAAGAGAAAGCAUUGCAAAUGGCACAAUGUCUGAACCAAUCGGUGGGUCGCCCUAUAAAUAUAGAAGAGACAGAAAACAAUGAAUGGGAAGGUGACCAAGAGAGUACAGACAUUCCUGCUAAUGUUCUAUCCAUGCAAAAAAGACUUCAAAAUGCGACAAUUCACAUGUGUGUCAAAUUAAAUGCAACAUUUGAGUUAAAGACAAGAGUAAAAAGCAAAGAUGAAAAAAGGUGAUAGAAAUUUAUAGUAAGUUUGUAAUAAGUAGUUAAUAAAUUCAGAUAUUUAUUUAUUUUAUGAUGAAAAAGUACACUGUAUAUUUUGUUUGUAUAUCAAUUCUAGGUUGAUUAUUUCUGGAAUGUAAUGAUUGUUUCAUUUUGAAAAUUGUCAAAGAUGGUAUGAGCCAUGGGCUUUCAACUCUAAUUGAAAGCCCAUGUAUGAGCGAAAUAUGAGCCAUAAAAGUGCAUCUAUGUUCCAGCCCAAAAAAGCUUAAUUUAUUCAGAAGCAUGAUCCAAAUUAAAAAAAGCAUUGAUCAUUUUAUAUCACCGACAUAGGUGUUGAAAUAUUGUAAAAGUCUCAAAUUGUUUUUUGUGGACUUACUUCCGAGGUUGGUGGUGGGCGUUUGUAACAAAUGGCAGGUGCCAACAUUUUGCAUGUUAUUGCCUUGUUAUACUUGAAAUACAAUGCUUUAAGAAAAUUGGCAAUGGACAUGGUUUUUGUCGUG